AUGACAUGGCCGGCUUCUGGGGAGCAUCACAACAAUCAUUCUCCAUCGCAAGAAGGAAAAGGAUGCUUCUGUGCACAAGUCAUUGAGCAAGUAAGACAAGUAAUGAAAGAAAAUGAUCAAGUCAGCAAAUAUCUUCGACUGCUCGGUGAGGCCUCCUAUAGGCUAUUUGUCGACCUAACAUCUCCCUAUCGUCUCCGCCUCGGUAUCCUUAAGUAUUUCUGGGGCAUUAGCGAGGAGAGAGCAUAUGGCCACGUGCAGAGAGGGCUCGCCGCUGCGUUCCAUCUUCUCUACACCAAACUAAAGACCGCAGGCUUUACCACACAAACUGAUUUGGCAAAGGUGUUGAAAACUAUGAGUGACCGGCUCUACCAUAUGGUGAUGCUCGGUUGUCGCGCAUUCAUACGGAAUUUAUGUUGGGUGCUACCGUUGGUUUCCAUCAGUCUCUUCCACCACUGGAGCCAUAGCAAAGAAGCACAUGAUAAAAAUAAUGAUGAUGGUAUUGAUGUCAAGAUUACAUAUACCAUAUUCUGUUGUACUACUAUUCUAGAAAUUAGUUCUGAGCUUCCUGUUAUGGUUGGGGACACAACUAGUAGUAUGGUUGAAUCAUCGGUGAGUCUUUUUGGGAAGUUGUGGCCCGAGGUGGUCGCUCAAUACAGCCUCAUAGGGUACUUUGCCAGCAGCAACAUGAAGCACAACAUCAAGUGGAAGUUUGGAGGCAAGGGCAUGGGGCCAUGCUUCUCCUCUGCCACAAUUUCAAGAUUCAUUCUUGGAUAUUUGAAAGAUGGGUGGAAGAAACAAAUACAGGACGUCCCUAGCUACCGCAGGUUCAACAAUCACAGCACACGCUGGCCGGUGCUUAGCUUCUUGAUCUUAAGCGCAACCACCUCCAGUAGCAGCAAUGGUCAUCAUUUGGACUUGAGCUUGAGCAGCAUGAGAAAGAAGAGGCCAUUCGAUGAGAGUGUCCUCCUCUGGCACAUGGCCACAGAUUUCUGCUUCUUCACCAGCUCCUUUGCAGAGCAUACGACGACAUGUGCCUUUGCUAAGGUCCCGACAUGGAAAUCAAGGCUAUCAACUGUUACCUUCAUUCUACUCCUAGGAAUACCAGAGUUAAUUCAUGAAGCAAGAAAAUGGAUCAGAGAAAUGGUAGUGAAAUGGUGUUGGACUACUAGUUCACCACCUGCCGGCAACGACCGGAGUAUGACAUCGUGUCCUCGAUGUGACCAGGAGUUGACCCACUGUAAAGCCGUCCUAUGCACACACAUGUCCAACUACAUGGCGUACCUCCUGUUCGUCAACCCUGAGAUGCUGUUGCCUGGCUCCAGGAGCAAUCUUGCCACGGCAACCUACCAAGAGCUCAAGGGCGUAUUGGAGAAUAAUGGUCAGAAGCCACCACUGGGUCUGGAGAAGAGAGAGCUUACAUUGAAGAUUAUCAGGAAGCUAGAGUCGUCGUCGUCGUCAUCACAAGCACAAGCAGCAGGCUGCCCUGGGCCUGCAGUAGCAGAAACUUUCAUCCACGACGCUUGGAUGCUUGCUCAAGCAUUGCAACGCCUAGGUGAUGAGAAGAAGAUGUGGGAGGUGAUCCAAGGCGUCUGGGUUGAGAUGCUCUGCUUCUCUGCCGGCAAGUGUAGAGGCUACCUACAUGCCAAGGCUUUGGGCAACGGCGGCGAGUUCCUCUCCUAUGUCUGGCUUCUUCUCUUUUACAUGGGGAUGGAGACCUUCACCGACAAGCUGCAGAGGGAGGAGGAUGAUGAUGAUGAGGCUGCGAACCACGCCGCCACCACUCCACCAUUGACUUUUGAGCGGGUCUCCUCCACCACCGGCGCAGGCGCUCCAUCGACUUCUUCUGAGGUCCACACCACUAGUGCCCGCGCUGGUGCCGCUCCAUCGACUUCCGAGAUUUGCAUGGCUGAAGAUGACGACAUGGUUUGA